AUGUUCGGCAAAAUUGGAAAUAUGUUUGGCAUGAACUGCACUGAUCCUCCUGAUCCGGAUAACAAAAAAUUAUACGAAGAAGAAUUGGAAGCUGAUGUUGGAGCUAAACGACGAGGUAGAAGAGCUGUUCAUAAGGAAAUUUCGCCGUAUUCUGGGAAUAAACCUCUUAGAUUGAAAGAGAAAAUGGAAUUCAAGGCUAAUCGAAUUCAGGCAGAGAAGAAUUUUUUGAAUUCGAAAUCUCCAAUUGAACGAUCGAAGAUGGUGCUUAGAGCUGGAGUACGUGAUGUAAUUAAAAUUGGAUAUGGUAAGGAAAAUAUCGAUCCGGAGUUCAUUAAAGCGGAGCUUAAUGCUUUUGAGGAGGUGAUUACGGAUGGGAAGAAAUUGCAAUCGCAGAACAAGAUCAAUUCAAAUGGGAUGUCUAAAUUGAGGAAUGAAAUGGUUGAGGAAAAAGGAUUUGUGAUGCUUCCAGUAACAUCAGACAUGCUCGAGGGAUUUAUUUCUUCAAAGGAGAAUAUUAGCGCUAAUCAAAUUUCAUCUCAGUCGCCAAUUGAUGAAUCGAAUAUCUCCAAGGGUCUCAAGUCUUCGAAGAUUAUGGAGACUGGAUCGUCUUCCUCAAAGCCUAGUUCUGUAAUUAAAGCAAAUAAUGACAAGGGCAUUUUGGGGAAAGUUCCUUUAUCACAUGCUGGCCCUGUUAUUUCAGGUACUCCUUUGGUUUCUGAUGAUAAUCCAAGUGCCCCAAUCAGCUGUCCUACUAAUUGUAAUGAUGAAGUUAUGAAAGACUCAAUGAAUGAUAAUGGGAAUGUGGAAGUUGAUUCUGGUAAUAAUAUGAAGAAGGAACAGGGAGCUAAUUUCUUGAACAUGGAUUUUUCGAAAACUGUUAUAUCCCCUGCAGCGAAGUUGGUUAGUGAUUACAAUAAAAAAUCUUAUGCACGUAUGGUUGAUUCAACUAAUAAUGUGGUAGAUCUUAAUAUCAAAGUAAUUCCAAAAGUUGAUGGAAAGCCUAAUGGGAAAGUGGAGUUGCCUUAUGCAGAUUUAAUGUUGGGUGGAGCUCCUUAUCAUGCAACUUUGUAUGGAUUUUUUGUGGGGAAAAAACUUGCAUUUCCAACGGUUAAUCAUUUCUCAUUCAAGAUGUGGAAGAUAUUUGGGCUGAAGGAUAUACUGGUAAAUGAUGAAGGAUUCUUUUUCUUUAAGUUUGAUUCAAAGGAAGGCAUGAUGAAUGUGCUGGAGGGAGGUCCAUGGCUGAUUAAUAAUGUACCUAUGUUCGUUCAAAGAUGGAGGCCAGGUUUAGUUCUAAGUAAACCUCAAAUCAAUUCAGUUCCUGUGUGGGUUAAAGUGUUUAAUGUACCUUUGGAGUAUUGGAACAGCAAAGGAAUUACUUUGAUUGCUAAUGAGAUUGGAAAACCAAUUGCUAUGGAUAAAAUUACCCAAAAAAUGUGUAAUGAACAUUGGGGAAGGCCAGCAUUUAUGCGAUUUCUUGUGGAAAUGUCAGUAGAAGUAGAAUGGAUGAAAGAGUUAAGUGUGGUCUCAAUAGACUUUGGGACAGGAGAAAAAGUUGAAUCAAAGUGCAGGGUAGAGUAUGCAUGGAGGCCUGAUGUUUGUAAUCACUGCAAAGUCUAUGGGCAUAAAAAUAGCAAUUGUGGAAUUUUAAAUGGAAUGAAAACUGGAAAUGUUGCUGAUGUUGCUGUUAACAGAGAAGAAAAUGGGAAAAAAGAGAAAGUAGAUGAAGAAGGUUUCACGUUAGUAACAAAGAAAAACAACAAAGGGCAAAAAUUUAAUGCUGGUGUGGUUAUUAAUGAAAAUGGAAAAGUGGACUUAAUCCAAUCCUUGGAGGAAAAUUCAUUCCCUGUUAGUGAAAGAAUUUCUACUAGCAGUAAUGAUGGAACGCCAAAUGAUGUGGAUAAGCAAGAAAAGGAAAAAAGCAAGAAAGUUAAAGUUCAAGAAAAUCAAAUUGGAGCUCAAAAACAAGAUCGGAACAAUAAAGGGACAGAGACUCGGAAUAUUGGGAGUAAUUUUUCGAAAUUUGCUGUGGGCAAUCUAAAAAAAGAUGGGAAAGAGAAAGGGGUAUUUCAGUCAAAAGAGGGUAAAAGUGGGAAAAUAAAUGGUACAGGAGUUUUUAUUCCAAAAGAAAAGUUAGGGGCAAGAGUGAAGAAUGUAAUUGAAAAUUUUAAUGCUAGAAAAGAAGGAAUACAGGGGAGGAAAGAAGAAAAUCCGAAAAAGGUGUUUGUCCCUAAAAAACAAGUGGAUUUUAAAGUUAGUUCUAACUUUGAUAACAUAGGAUCUACUUCAGGAAAAGACAAUCAAGAUGAAAUUAUAUCUCAUAAUCCUUUUGAUGUUCUUGCUGAUUUGGGAUUAAGGGACAUGUCUUAUUUGGAUGAGAUUGACCCGGAGAUUUUAACUGGAGGUGGCCAGGAGAUAAACACCGAAAAUACAAUCAUUGAUCAAUGA